GCAUGUUCACAAGUCCUUCUAGUGUGCCUCGCAGGAUAUCUAGCGGCAAGACUUGAAUUAAUAACAACAAGCAUCCAAAAGGAUUUAUCUUCUCUAAUAAUAAAUAUAUUUAUGCCAUGUUUCUUAUUUUCAAAUGUUUUUUCCAGUGUUGACAUCCAAACGUUAAUAAGUCUUUGGCCAAUUCCUACCUUUUUCUUCAUAUUUUGCAUAAUUAGUUCAGCUCUUGGUUUUUUUGGUGGAAGAUUACUAAAUUUUGAUUUUUCUGAUACAAAGUUUAUUAUGACUGGAAUUAUUUUCAAUAAUGUGACAAGUCUUGGUCUGGGUUUGUUAAGAGGUAUUGAAUAUACUGAUGCUAUUUCGAUUUUGAAAUGGAAAAUUGAUGACACUCCAAAGGAUAUUGUCAGUCGAGGGAUUUCAUAUGUAUUACUUGCCACUCUUUGGACUAAUUUGUUAAGAUGGUCUCUUGGUGCAUACUUGUUGAAAAGUGAUUCAGUUUCAUCACAAUAUAAUUUAAAUUCCGUUUCAUACAUCUCUCAGCAUAAUUUCGAUGAAAUAGAUGAUAUAAACGACGUAGACGAAAGCACUCCAAUGUUAGGAUCUAAACAACAUGACACUACUUCAUCAUUGACAUUUAAACAAAAGUUGCAUUCAAUUUGGUCGCGCAUAAAGAUAUCACUCACUUUCAAAUUCAUGAAUCCUCCAUUAUAUGCCGCAUUAUUGGCAUUAGUGUUUGUUGCAAUUCCUCCAUUUAAAUCUUUAUUUAUCGGCAAAAAUGCUCCUUUUAUGGCACUUUCACAAGCAAUUGAAUAUGUUGGGUCGGUCUCGGUUCCUUUGACGCUAAUAACUUUAGGAGCUCAAUUAAAAAAUCUCCAGAGUUCAAAUAAUAAGCGUAUUGCCUCUAUGAUAACUUACGCUUUGACUUGUCGUCUUAUAAUAAUGCCAAUUAUAGGAACUGUGAUGGUUUUGUUAACAAAAAGUUGGUAUUUAAAUGAUCCUAUGUUAUGGUUC